UGCCCUCGCAGAGUGGCCCCCAGUGGCCCAGCUCGGGCCACACCGCAGGGAGCUCCUGUAGUACCGCAGGGCUCCACACGUCCCGGGUGGGCCGGUCCAAACCCUGAGUCCCGCCUGGCGGGGAGAUGCCAGGGGCCCGUGUGUGUGUGUCCGUGUGUGUGUGUGUGUGUGUGUGUGUGUGUGGAGAUGCCAUUAGAAUUCUUACAGAUACUGAAAGUGAAAUGAGGAAAUGAUUGGGCAAUCGGAUGGAAGGGCCGGUGCCAGGAAGACCUAUCACCCACUGGGGGCCGGGAUGCAGCUGGGCAGACGCGGGGAGACCCCGGGGAGCUCUCCCGGGGGCCACGGCACAGCCAGGCCAUGUAGUCGGUGUGGGACCUCAGCAAGCACCGCUCACAGGAAAUGAUCCCUUCCCUGCGGCCACUUUCUCGAAAGGCCCGGACCUUCCAAGUCCCCCGAGUGCCAUGGAGGGCUGCGCGGAAGGCGAGCGGUCACGCCUUCGUCCUCGCCCGGAGAGGGGAGAAGAAAUGAAAGUGAAGGAGCCGCCCGGCUCGCGCCCCAAAGACUCAGCGCUGCUGGCCGUGACCCUGCUGCUGGCGCUCACGUCCUGCUGCCUGUCGGUGGUGUCCCUGUGCAGGGUGGCCGUCCUGCAAGCCGAGCUGGGGAGCCUGCGGGCGGAGCUGCGGGGGCCUCGGGAGCCCCGCGAGCUUCGGGCUGAGCCGGGCCCUCCCCGGGCGGGGGCCGCAACCCCCGGGGCGUCCGGCGCGCGCCUGGCCCCCGCGGUCCCCAGCGCGCUGAAAGGGAUCUUUGCACCAGCCCCGGCGGGAGAGAGCAACUCCAGCCAGAGCGGCAGAAGGAAGCGCGCCGCUCUGGGUCCCGAAGACACAGUCAUUCAAGACUGCUUGCAACUGAUCGCAGACAGCGACACACCUACUAUACGAAAAGGAGCCUACACGUUCGUUCCGUGGCUGCUCAGCUUUAAAAGAGGAAGGGCCCUGGAAGAAAAGGAAAAUAAAAUCCUGGUGAAAGAAACCGGUUACUUCUUUAUAUACGGGCAGGUUUUAUACACGGAUAACACCUUUGCUAUGGGACACCUAAUACAGAGGAAAAAAGUCCACGUCUUUGGGGACGAACUGAGUCUGGUGAAUUUGUUCCGAUGUAUUCAAAAUAUGCCUGAAACACUACCCAAUAAUUCCUGUUAUUCUGCUGGCAUCGCAAAGCUGGAAGAAGGAGAUGAACUCCAACUGGCAAUACCGCGGGAAGACGCUAAAAUAUCGCAAGAUGGAGAUGGCACGUUUUUUGGAGCAUUGAAACUUCUGUGACCUACUUCUACCUUGUUCGCGGCGAACUCCUUCCUUUCUCUGUGCCUCUAAGGAGAGAACACUUCACUGGAAAUGCCAGAGGAAGAAAACCAGGAGUUACCGAACUCUUUUCUGUGAGCUAUUUGUUUUGAUUUGCUGAACCUAGAGCAAAACAGGAAAUUGAACAGACAGCCGCAGCCCAGGGGUGUCAUGUGAAUUACAAGAACUAGAACCCGUUUGAGGAAAGAUAGAAGUAGCCCUCUCCCUAUAAAAGCCACGUUGAGCAACUUAGGCAUCGCGGCUUGGCUGGUAGCAAACACAGGUUUCCGAGGGGCGAUAAUCCUAUUUCUUCCUAAACGGCAUUCCGUUGUGCGCUGGGGAACAAGUGCCCAUGUCCGCAAGACCUUAAUUGAGACAUUUUGGGAAAUCUCAGGAUUCAUCCCCUCUAUGUUAAAUAUGCCCCCCCACCUCUUCCAGUUAACGUUGUAGGAAGUAAGAAAAAAUAAACCUUACAGAAAUCUUGCGUUCAACACUUAAAAAAGUAAUUAAACAAAGCUUCCAUUUAAAUGUAUUAUACGGUUGGACUUAAAAUAAAAUACAAGCACUAUUUAAAGGUUUUUGGUGUAUUUCAAGUUUGCAAUUUUUGUCUGUAAUAUUCCGUAUCACCUGAUGGAACACCAGAUAACACUUACCACGUAUUUUUCCUAGCUUAUUCAGUUACUUCAGAAACUUUUCCUGUAGGGUCAUUCCAAUUCUCAUGCACAUAAGCAUUCAGCGAAAAAAUACCUAUAAUUAUUCUGUAAAAAUAAAAUCUCCGGUAGAAGUUAAUGAGUACGUUCAUAAUAAUGCAAUGUAUUUUCUCUUGAUCUGUUCUUUUUUGUCAACUGCUGCUGGUAUCCCAGCCUUUCAAAAGAGCACUCAUGUUAUUAGCUUUACAGAAGUCGAGGCUUCACUAAGGUUCUUGGCAUCCUGAAGGAUGUUACGUGCCGUGUGCUUGUUAAACGGAUCCUGAUAUGCUGGGGACGCAAUCCUUAUUUUUGUCUAAUAGGGAAUCACGUGUGUGGAUGCUGGCAUAGCCAUCUUAUAACGUCAGUCUCCCUUGUUUUGCUUGUCUUUUUAAAAAUGUCACUGGUGUAAAGAGUUUACUUCAUUCAACAAUGUCCUUCUCUAGCUUAAACAGUAAAGGCAAGAAUAGACCCUGGGCUACAAUAAUUCACUCCAGUCUACACCGAAGUGUUCUUAACAAUGUGCUUUUCAAGACAACACAAAGAAGGAUUUGUAUUUUGCGUUCAAGAUUAAACUUUCUUUAGAACUCUGAUUUCCACGAUUUUGGCUUUUUGGUUAAAGUCAAAUAUAUUUUGCAACGUAUUUUGUUUUACAAAAGUAUAAUUAAACAGUAUAGGCAGAACAAGAGUCCUGAUUGAGGAGGUGAGUCAUUUUCCUAGUGUUGCUGCUAACGUGAGUCACCAAAUAAAAAUCUUCAGUGCCUUC